UCAAAGUGGAGUACAAUAUAAGGGCACAGGUAAGUGAAAGAAGUUGAAGCUUCUUACUGCUGUUUGAAAUUGAAAUGAAGCCAAACCUUAAUGAUUUCAGCAUUAUGCUCUUUUAAACUCUAAUAAUAUGACGAUCAUUAACUCUCCCAACUUUUCUCCUUAACCUCUUUUUCGCUCUCCUUAUCUCCUAAUCGUCAAUUUUCUUCAAGGGGUGUUGAAGAAACACCCAUUUUCUCUCUAUAUCUGUUUUUGUCUCUGUUAAGCUUAGCUUGCUCCGAUCCUUAUUCCCAUGUGACAUCACCAUAAAUACUACCUACGUCUAGAGCUAAUUCCUUCGAUCGCGAAUAUUCAAAUCUUACUCGGGACCCCGAUUUCGAUAUUUACCACUUUACCACUUGGUACCUUUUAGACGAAGAACUCGCAAGAUUAGUUUAAAUAGAAGAUGACCGCCUCGUCGCGAUAGCGCUGCGCUAAGCUUGUAUCGAACUUCUCCUAUCCCUACUUGAGCUAAGCGGUGGACAAACAUAACGAGAUCAAGAUGCCGCUACCAUUUCUCGGCCGAUUGGAUAUCGUUGAAUAUGUCGCCCUCGUGGGUUCGUUUCUGCUUGUCGGCCUCGAAGCGAUCAUCCGCGUAUUGACACUAGCUUUACCCUCGUCUUUAAUAAAUCUCUUUUACCGAGCUUCGCGACAAUUAUUUAACCGACUAACAUCGCCGGCGCAAAAAAGAGCUGAGCAGAGAAGGAAAUCGAUAUCGACGUCGAUUCGAAAUGCCUCCGAUUUCGUAGAUCUCUGUGCCACAUUUGGCUACACGGCCGAGGAACACGUACUGCAAACCAAAGAUGGUUAUCUACUUGGAAUACAUCGUUUAGCAUGGAGAAAAGGUGAAGAGGACGUGAAAGUAAAUGAUGGACCCAACAGCGUUAAGAAACGAGUCGUCUAUCUUCAUCAUGGUCUUCUCAUGAAUAGCGAAGUUUGGGUUUGCCUUACUGAUGCACAGAGAACCUUGCCUUUCGUAUUAGUCGAAAGGGGCUUCGAUGUUUGGCUGGGCAAUAACCGUGGGAACAAAUACUCAAAGAAGUCGAUUAAAUAUUCGCCAACUUCUAUCGAAUUUUGGAACUUCUCGAUCGAUGAAUUCGCUUUUCACGACAUUCCGGAUUCUAUCAACUACAUUCUGGAAACCACGAAGCAGCCAUCUUUAUCCUACAUUGGUUUCUCUCAAGGGACUGCGCAAGCUUUCGCUAGCUUGGCCAUACACCCUAAGUUAAAUGAGCAGGUCAACGUUUUCAUUGCUUUAGCUCCGGCUAUGGCACCCGCGGGUCUUAAUAAUGGCAUUGUGGAUGCUCUCAUCAAAGCUUCGCCUCAAGUACUCUUCCUUCUUUUUGGUAGGCGCUCAAUUCUUAGCUCCGCUACAAUGUGGCAGUCUAUUUUGUAUCCGCCUAUUUUCAUAAAAGUCAUUGAUAUGGGCAAUGACUUUCUCUUUGGCUGGAAGAGUAAAAAUAUCUCAGUCAGCCAGAAACUCGCUGCUUAUCCGCACUUAUAUUCAUUUACUAGCACCAAAUCGGUGGUUCACUGGUUCCAGAUCAUCAGGAACCAGGCAUUUCAGAUGUACGACGACGAUGUGCAGACACCCUUGCCGCUUAACACAUCGAGCAAGUACACGAAAGUCGCCAAGUAUCCAACUCGCAAUAUCAGGACGCCUGUUGUUCUAGUCUAUGGAGGUAGUGACUCCCUAGUCGAUAUUAAGGUCAUGAUGAAAGAGUUGCCUAACCGAACCGUGGCUACCGAAAUACCCCAUUAUGAGCAUCUCGACUUUCUCUGGGCUCGUGAUGUAGACGUUCAAGUUUUCCCUCACGUUUUCGACGCCUUAGAAAAUUUCCGCGACGCCGAACAUUCGUUAGAAGAAUUCGAAAGCUAUCAGCAAGCACGUAAUAUUAGCUUAUCAACUUCAAAUUCCUUUAAACAACCAAGAGAACUAAAUGGUGGUAGUACGCACCGUAAUAGUGAUGCGCUCGAAUCCGACUCGGCAUCUGUUUUGUCUAAUGGGCAACAGGAGAACAAUGUCGAGUCGAUAGCGAGCGUGCAACACAAAGCGCAAGAGGAUCCCAUGAACUAUUUCGAACUCACGCCGGAAGCCAAAAAGCCAACGAGCGCAGUGAAAGCUCAUCGCCAGGUCCAUCCCAUCAAUACGAUCGUCGAAGACAUGCAGAGUCCGACGCCGGAGAGACCCAGCUCAAGAGGCCAGGACGGCGGAAGCGAUUCACCCGGUCCUCCGACUCCCAGUCCAUCGACACAGAACCGAUAUCGCAGGCGCGGGAGCGCCGCCAGCAAUCUCAGUUUAGAUUCAAUGAAAGGAGGACGCGGCAUCAAGAUCGGCACUGCGAAGCCCACGACAGGCAGCAGCAGCGAUGAGGGUCGGAGGCAUUCUAAAUUUGAUCGCCAAUAGCUUUCCCAAGCCAUUAGACUAGGUGUACAUAAAAUUGGCGCACUGGAUAAAUCGGCGUUUGUCAACAAAAGGAUAUGGAUGGCGGAUAGACUUUGUCCUUUACCUACGUACAUAUUAGAAGUAUUAGUCGCAGUACAUAUUUACCCAUCGGAGAUCCUGCAAGUCAGGGAACUUGCACAAAGAUUGUUGGAGUGCAAAACGGUGUAUAUAGUUUUUUUUAUUACAAACUACAAUGUUAAGC